UAAUUCUGUCUACAUGAAUCAAGUGUUUCAUUUCAUAGUCUGAAAUCUGAAUCACAUCAUGUUCGGAAACACAUUAAGAAUAGAUAAAAUCACCUUUAGGAUGUGAAAGUUAUAACUAUUAGCUUCUGACAAUCACAUCUGAAAGGUGAAAAAUCACAUUCCAAACGUGAAACAAAACACGCAAUCAAUUGAAUUAUGGCGAGUCCUGAUUCAAAAUGUCCAGCACCAAUGAAGGCCACGUCCAAUGGGGCAUUCCAACAUGAAAAUCCCUUGGAUUAUGCGCUUCCCCUAUUAAUCCUCCAGAUAUGUGUGGUUGUGGUCUUUACCAGAUUCCUUGCAUUCAUUUGCAAACCUCUGAGACAACCCCGAGUAAUUGCAGAGGUCAUUGGAGGAAUACUACUUGGACCAUCUGCAAUGGGAAGGAGUGAGAAAUUCCUGAACACAAUUUUCCCCAAGAGAAGCUUAACUGUGCUUGAAACUGUGGCCAACAUUGGUCUUCUAUUCUUCUUGUUUUUGGUGGGUCUUGAGCUUGACUUGCGUUCUAUACGCAAAACUGGUCACAAGGCCUUAUUCAUUGCUCUUUCAGGCAUCACAUUCCCUUUUAUACUUGGCAUUGGCACAUCAUAUGCGCUUCGAGCCACCAUAUCGAAGAAUGCUAAUCCAACCUCGUUCCUUGUUUUCAUGGGUGUUGCUCUCUCGAUCACCGCAUUCCCCGUCCUUGCGCGAAUCCUCGCUGAGCUAAAACUCCUCACAACCAAUGUCGGUCGCAUAGCAAUGUCAGCAGCUGCUAUCAAUGAUGUUGCAGCAUGGAUACUACUUGCACUUGCCAUAGCACUUUCUGGCUCCAACACAUCCCCACUUGUUUCCUUAUGGGUUAUACUUUGUGCUGCUGGCUUUGUCCUCUUUGCUAUGUUUGCCAUAAGUCCCUUACUUGGAAUGAUGGCUAAGCGUUCGCCCGAGGGCGAACCGGUGCAGGAGAUCUACAUAUGCAUCACCAUGACACUAGUCCUGGCUUGUGGUUUCAUCACCGAUACUAUCGGCAUUCAUGCGCUCUUUGGAGCUUUUGUGGUUGGCAUUGUUAUGCCUAAGGAUGGUCCCUUUGCAGGGGCGUUGAUUGAGAAGAUAGAGGACCUUGUGAUGAGCCUCUUCUUGCCUCUCUAUUUUGUGUCAAGUGGUUUGAAGACUGAUGUGGCAAGUAUAAGUGGAGCUCUUUCUUGGGGUAUGCUAGUGCUUGUUAUUUUCACUGCUUGCUUUGGAAAGAUCAUUGGCACAUUCCUGGUGUCACUGUUAUGUAAGGUUCCUUUUAGAGAAGCCUUGGCCCUUGGAUUUCUCAUGAACACUAAGGGCUUGGUGGAGCUAAUUGUUCUCAACAUUGGCAAGGAUCGCAAGGUACUAAACGACCAAGCAUUUGCAAUUUGUGUAUUAAUGGCAUUGUUCACCACUUUCAUCACGACCCCAAUAGUGAUGGCAGUGUACAAACCAGCUCGGACAGGAUCACGUUACACGCAUAAAACAGUUCAACGCAACGAUCCUAACACCGAGCUACGAGUGUUGGCAUGCUUCCAUAGUACCCGCAAUAUUCCCACCUUGAUCAAUCUAAUAGAGUCAUCACGAGGAACCAAAAAGAGGGCAAAGCUAUGUGUCUAUGCAAUGCACUUGAUGGAGCUCUCGGAGCGACCAUCAGCGAUCACAAUGGUUCAUACGGCGCGCAACAAUGGCAUGCCCUUUUGGAACAAAAAGCAUGACAAUAGAGACCAAGUGGUGAUUGCAUUUCAGGCUUAUGGCCAUCUAAGUAGUGUCAAUGUUCGCCCUAUGACAGCCAUAUCAGCUUUCAGCAACAUCCAUGAAGACAUUUGCACCAGUGCGCACCAAAAGAGAGCAGCAAUCAUAUUCCUCCCAUUCCACAAACACCAACGCUUCGACGGGACAAUGGAGUCGGUAGGAAACUCGUUGCGCGCGAUGAACGGCCUAGUUCUCAGCCAUGCUCCUUGCUCAGUCGGAAUCUUGGUUGAUCGCGGCCUUGGUGGUACAAGCCAAGUCCAAGCCAGUGAUGUGUCAUACAAGGUUGUUGUAGGUUUCUUUGGUGGGCGAGACGACCGCGAAGCACUCGCCUAUGGGAUGAGAAUGGCUGAGCAUCCUGGUGUUUCAAUCACUGUUGUGAAGUUUGUAGUUCCACCUGGGAUGACAUUGGCCUUUGGUGCCAAAUUGAUUGGUGUAACAGCAGACAAGGAUAGAAAGGUAAUUAAAGUGGCUGAAGGAACUACCACUGAUGUAGAGAAACAAGAGGAUGAGCACUUUUGGUCUGAGUUCUUAGGUGUGUGUUGCAAAAAUGCAGAAUCAAUAAUGUAUGAGGAAAGGUUGGUAGAAAGCAAAGAAGAUAUUCUGACAACAAUGAGGGAGAUGAAUAAGAGCAAUCUAAUUUUGGUAGGUAGAAUGCCCCCGGUGGUACCUUUGGUAGACACAAGUGAUUGCCCUGAACUUGGUCCUGUUGGAAGCUACUUGGCUUCUUCUGAGUUCUCCACUUCUGCAUCAGUUAUAGUGUUUCAGCAAUACAAUCCCAAAACAGAUGUUUAUCCAUUGGUUAUGGAGAUUUCUGAUUACUUGAACAUGCCAGACACGCCACCACAUUCUCCGUAGUAGAGAUGCAGAUAUAUGCCAAGGUUUUGAAAAAUGGUCCUCCACUGUGAUUUUGGCCUCAACGUCAAGAUUUUUUUAAUUAUCCAUGACCUAAAUUUGGAUUUGUCCGCGGUUUGCCACGAUAUCAACAAACAUGAUGAAACUGCAUGC